UCUCCGUGGGUUGGGUUACGUUACAUUCAUAUCUUGUAUAUGUAUGUGGUUACAUUGUUUUUGUUAUUCCUUGUUUAAUACGACGUGAAUUAUGGAAUUAAGUGUUAACAUAAAGUAUUGAUGGCGUUUGCUGCAUAAAUUAAUCUGCGAUGAAAGCUGUGCUAUUGAUAACCACAAACUUCAUAUCAAGCACUUGUGUCAUUGAUAUAUCUUUUAUUUUAAUUUAACUCAUAAGAAACUGUUGAAAAUUUUGUCGCUGCGUGGCGUAACGUUUUAUUUGAAAACAAAACUAUGGACAGUAAAUCUUAUAAUCUGGCUUGGGAACGAAUACAGCAAGGGCCGACAAGUCCUUUUAUUUUUGAAUCCAUCAUAAACGUAGUCUCAAAACUAUCAUUGAGUUUUUAAUGUAGGUACUUAAGUGGCAUAUUUAUUACAGUGAGAUUUUGAGUUCUUUUUUUUUUUAAAAUGAGCGCGAACACUUCUGACGCUGAAGAAGAAAUUCUACUGUACGCCGCUUUUGAUGAUAGUAUUGACGUGAAUCAUUUUAGGAGUAUACAUGUGCUGGGUAUAAAUGAAAGCAAUCCAAUUAUUCAAAUGGAUGACACAUUUUUCACUGGGGAAUAUGAAAAUGCAUUGGGGACCUAUAUGUUCUUUGAAGAAGAUUUAUCUGCACAAAGUGAAGAUCCACUGUUAGAUAGACUGCCAAAGAAAAACUUGAAAUAUGUAACCAAAACAAGAAAACUUCUGGAGAUGAAACAAGCUUAUGUAACAGCAAAAGAAGACCAAGAUAUUCAAUGUGACUCUAUUGAACAUGACAGUGCUGUUGAAGUUGUAAGCUUCAGUAAUUUAGAAGCUGCUCAGGAAAAAUUUAGAGAUGAAUUUAAAUUAGAGAAAGCUGAAGCUCAACUAAAAUUGCCUGAUACAGAAACUGAAGUGUUAAAAUCAUCCUAAAAUUUUUACCUAG